UUUUUAUUAUUCUGGAGUUAUUUUAUUCUCAAUACCUGAAACAAAUCAAUUCUAACUUCCACAUUUAUCUAAUAACUAGCUCAUCUAAAUACAAUUUUUAACUCAAAAAUCCAUCACCUUGCCAAAAACCACCCAAACCCUCCUAAAACCCCCAAACCCCCCUCAAUCUCUCCAAAACCCUAACCCACCUCCAUUACCCCCAUCUCCACCUAACACCUCUUCUUCUUCCUCCCCCUCUUCACCCACCUCCAUCUCCCAAGACCCUCUUGUCUUAACCCCACAUUCAAAACUCCCUUCACAGGCGAGAAGACCUAGGAACAAAAGCUGAAAUUAGGUCGGUUUCGAAUAAAUUUCCAAGAAUUUAUGGAAUUUUAGUGGGUAAUUCGGGUGACUUGGGAGAUAUGAAGGAAGUGGGAAGAUUAAGAGGAGUGGAAAGGGAGCAGAUGUUGGGGUUUUGGAGGAAGGGAGGGUAUGAGGGGUAGAGUUUGGUCGUUGUGGCUUUGGGAUAUGAAAGAAGUGGGAAAUAUUUAGUUACACUUAGAAGAAGUUCACUUGGAGUGUUAUUUUCUUCUAUUUAACCAUGGGGAUUUUCUCGAUUUUAGGAUUUAUUUAUCUUCUGUUGUUAUUAAGCUUUGUUAUACUUUUGAUUAGGCCUUGUUUGCCUAUUGUUGAUUUAGUAAUCUGCGAAAAAGAAUCUUGUCAGAACUUCCUAAAAUGGGUGUUUUUAAUUUUAUUUACUAAAAUUAAUUUUCAUCAUGGGUAUCUGUAUUUCUAUGAGUUUAGCUCUUCAAAUGUCUUAAAAAAAUUUAUCAGAAUGAAUGGAUCUAUUUACCAACAAAGAAAAUAUGCUAUAUAAAGGAAGAAACAAUUUUUUUUAAUAAAAUUAAAUAAAACCUAUGGAAAAUAAGACCUGGAAAAAUUCCGAUCGAUAUGAAUUUUCUCUUGAAGUG